AACGAAAAAUCAUCAGUCGCGUUGAUAUACAGAUGGAGUCAACAAUAAAAAUAAUUAAUCUCGAUUGAUCCAUUCACAACAAAAAAACGCGCUGAAAAUCUUCCAACAAAAGGCUCCAUAUAUAGUAGAUUUUUCUCAAUUCUCAAAAAAAUUACAUAAAAUUCACGAUGUCGUGUAACUUGAUGACCUCUAGGGCGUCAGUGGAUGUUAAAAAUUCCGAUACCCAGUCCGAGGUUUCAGAAAGCGGGACUUGUACUUCAGGAUGGAAUUCAAACUGGGACUCUAGGGAGGAACUUCAAGAUUUCGUCAUUAAAAUUGGACUAAACGACGUGUCAGACUUGUAUCAGGACAGAUUCAAAGUCGACAGAAAAAAAUUGGAACAAAUGCUAAGCGGCGACAAUGAGGCCCUCAUUCCAGCAGAUGUAUUUUUCGAGAAGGUGAUGGAAGAUACAGACACUUUCAUAAGGUGGCCGAAUAAAUUGAAGAUAGGGGCGAAAUCUAAGAAGGAUCCCCAUGUUAGAAUAGCAGGACGCCCGGACGAUGUUGCAGCUGCUAAAGAGAGAAUAAUGACAAUUCUGGAUACGAGGUGUAAUCGCAUCACUAUGAAAAUGGAUGUGAGCUACACCGACCAUUCACACAUAAUUGGUAAGGGAGGUUACACAAUCAAACGAGUGAUGGAGGAGACCCAAUGCCACGUGCAUUUUCCUGACUCUAACCGAUCUAACCCAACCGAGAAGAGUAACCAAGUGUCAAUUUCUGGGGACAUCGAAGGAGCUGAGAGUGCCAGAAGUCGCGUGAGGGAAUUGAUACCGUUGAUCUUCGGAUUCGAGCUGCCAAUCAUGUCCCAAAAUUUCGACUCGAACUGUCCUUACGUAAUGAAAAUUCAAGAUCAGUAUAAGGUACAAGUUAUCUUUAAGACCAGACCAAAGUUGCAUGCAAGUUUGGUUUUAGUGAAAGGCGUAGAAUGGGAAGUGGAUCAAGUCAAGCAGGCUACGCUGUUGCUGAUGGACUUCAUGUGCGAAAAAUUGGCGAGCCAAACGCCCGUUCAGAUGUCGAUGGAAAUAUCUCCCCAUCACCAUCAGACUGUCCUGGGGAAGAACCACUCGAAUCUCAAGGCCAUUAUGCAGUACACCAACUGCCAGAUCAUGUUCCCCGACGCGCAGGACCCGAACAUACCGAGCUUGAAGAAAAGUAACGUCAGCAUAUCGGGAAACAUCCACCAGGUGUACCAGGCCAGGCAACUCUUGAUGGGGAGCCUGCCGCUCUUGGUCAUCUUCGAUCUGCCCGAAGAUACGACCAAUCUGAGGAUCAAACCGGAGCAGAUCAUGGAAAUUCAGAAUCAGUGCGACGUGGUCAUCAAUAUCAGAGGGAAGGCGAAGCAAACGACCAAGGCGUGCGUGAUCAAAGGGAUAGAAAAACAUGUUUUGAACAUCUACAAGGCCAGAAAUCUGAUACUGAACAUCGACGAGCCCCCCAUCAAAGCAGACAUACCAUCUUCGUACCAUCUCCCCUCAACUGGCCAGAACCAGUUCCCGAGCACCGACUUGCUUCCUACUCCCACCUCAAUGAACCACUCCCCCAUAUCGCCGCUUCUGAGCCCCCUGGUGACCCCCACAUGGCAAUACCCCAACAUGCCGGGUACACCCAACGCUUCUUUCGUUGGCAUGACGCAGCAGCCCCAGUUCUACUACAACAUGAUGCAGCAAUCGAUGGGCAGCAGCGGUUACAGUUCUAUGCUCACCCAGUCCAUGCACGACCAAUCGGCGCCAUCUAGGGACAAUCAGAAUUAUUCUGGCUCGAGCUUGCUCUCGAACUCCUUCCACAGCCCGAACGGCAAACCGGCAUCGCCAACUGGAUUCAGGAGCGGGAACGACUGUUUGUCCAACAAAUCAGGUAUUUCCUCCGUACAUUCUGAGCUGAGCGAUAACUACCACUGCAGUCCUGAGAAAAAACAAAGCUGGGACUAUUCUCUAACACCGAACGACUAUGAGAAUAAAAGGAUUGCCGCGCUGCGUGCUAUGCAACAGAAACCUUCUCCAGGGAUGGUUAGAACGCCCACGAACGCUUGGUCGGGAUACGGAGUGAGCCAUACUAGUCCAGCGGGUUUCUUGUCGGCUGAGAAGGCUAGGAUAAAAAAGGAGGAAGAAAUAUGGAAAAGUUCAGCAAAAUACGACAACUAUUCCGACAACUUCAACAUGCCUUCAACCUCUGGUGCGAACCUGAACACUAGCAACAUCUUGGACCACACUCCAGCCCGCCUAGUGAGCCGGGUCACCUCUUCAAACUGGACCGACGUAGCCUCAAUUCUGACUUCCAUUGGUCUAGAUGACAGAUACGUGAACCUGUUGAACAGUCACGAGAUCGAUUUGACCACAUUUGCGACCCUGAACGACGAGGACUUGGCGAAAAUUGGCGUCAGGGCUUUCGGGGCAAGGAAGAAGAUGCUUUUGGCAAUUGCUGAACUCAACAAGAGAUCAUGUCCAUUUUCGGCUGCUCCUGGUGCAGAAAGAAAAAGUUCCUCAAUUUCCCCAGUUAGCCCUCGUGAAAGCAACUGGUAACGAAAGACCUGCUCGAUUCGAAACAAAUGGCUUAAUAUUUCUACUUUAUUUUCGUAUUGAACAUUUGUAUCCAUGAUAAUCUUGUACUUUUUAAUAUUGCGUAGAUACCCGUCUCUUUUUUUUUUUGACUGUAGCGUCUUAUUUAUUAUAUUUUCCGUGUUUUUUUUUGGCAAUAUAAACUUCUUAUUUUUUAUUAUUUGAAAAGCAUUGCAGCAUUUCGUUCAGUAAAGUUUGCUCCUUCAUCCUAGAGUGAUUAAAAAAAUGCCAGAUGGAAAAAUAGAGCCCGCUCCCAUAAAUCGCCAGGUUUUUCGUUAUUCAAAAUAUCAAAAAUUGACUUUGAUAAUUUUGAAUCAAUGACAGAACCUUCUUAAUUCAGGUUCCGAAAUUUUAUUUAUUUCAUUGUGAUUUUGUUUUACAACAAAUGUGAUAUUUUAUUUUCGUAAGUCUGUAUUUUUCCCGUUGUCCAUCUAUAUAUUUAUUUAUUGCUACAUUGUUAUUAUUAUUUAUGAGUUUAUAUUUCAGCUAAUAUACUUAGGUAUUAUUUUAAGUAUGGAUAUUGUAAACAAAAGUUUCGAUUUAUUACAGUUUAAAUUUUGAUAAUUAUUGAUAUUGAUAUACUUUUAUAGAUUUAAUUAAUUGAAACUUUUGUACCUUUCUUAUAUUGUAAAUUAUUUAAGGGUAGUUUAGGUUAUUGAAUGAAUAUUUGAAAAUAAAAUUUAUAUAUGAAUGAGAAUUGUAUUUUCCAUGAGAUAUAUUUAUUAUGAAAUUUUUGUAAACGACAAAACGAACGUAAAAUAGAAACUUACAUUAUA